UUUGUUUGAACCAUAGAAGAAGAAGAGACCGUCAUUCGCAGAAAAAGAAGCAGCUGAGAGUUUGUACUUCAGCUCCAGACUUCAGGCUCAAACCGAACCUGAACCACCUGACGGACCCCAGAACACCGACCCGGACCCAGCGGGGCUGCGAGGCCCGACCUGCUAAUCCCAGAGUGAACGUGGAGCUGCGACAGCGUCUUCCUGGACUUACCAGAACCCAGCUCAUCAGCUCCAACGGAUCAGAGAUCAGCCUGAGCCCCGACCUGAACUACGACCACCACACGUGGCCUCGAGUUCCACAGCACCUGCAGGAGCCGUCGACCUCCUGCUCCCCUCCACCUCCAUCCUACAGAGGGUCCGCCUCUCCUGUGUCACCUCCAUCCUGCAGGAAGUCUGUGUCCCCGCUAUCCUCCAGGCGACUGGGAGGUACAGGAGAGAUGGAAGUGGACCUUUCGGCCAGCAGAGGUCUUUCUCCUCGGGCAAAGAGCUGCGGAGAUACUGCAGAUGAAAGUGGUGCAUCCGGAGAUCCUGCUAGCCCCUCCCUCGGCAGACACCUGGUGACCGCUGUGGACAGCUCUGCAUCAGCCCGGCCUCCGAGCAGCGACCGAGACAAAAACAUCUCGCUAUUACUGAAGGAGCUCGACGCCCUGAGACAGGUCAACAACAAGCUGCAGCAGCAGCUGGUUCAGAAGGAGAAGGAGCUGCAUAGGAGGGAGGUGGAGGAGGAGCUUAGGGAGGAACAGAGGGAGGCCCGAGACUGGGAGAGACCUGCAGCGGUGUUGGAGGAGGUGCUGGCAGCUCAGAAGGACAGAGAUCAGGCUCUGAUGUCACGACUCCUGCUGGCCAAUGAGGAGAGAGACGAGGCUUUGCUUCGUUUGCAUCGACUGCAGCAGGCGGCUGAGUCAGAGUGCUUCCACCUGGACGAUGGCGAUCAGGAUGUGGAUGAGCUCCUGCGGCGCAUCAGUGACGCCGACUCCGUCCAGGAAAUCGAGCAGUUCGGCUCAGUUCUGGUCCAGCAUCUUUGGUUGGCACGGCAACGGCGAAGUGACAUCACAGCUCAGGAGAUGAAGGCCGUGAUGGAGGAGAGGGACGGCUCUACCGCCAAGUGGAAAUGCCUGGAACAAGAGAGAGAGCAGCAGGCGAGCGAGGAGCUGCUGAAGGUGCAGAUGGAGAGGGACGGCGCUCUGGAGGACCGGCGGCGGCUGGAAGCGGAGAUUCAGGCACUACGAGCCAAUCACAGAUCUCAGGACUUAGCCCCACCCUCCCAGCCCUCUUUGCGAGCUGAUAGCGUCUCUCCUGAGGCCCCACCCCUGAUGGAUAAGCUGCAGCAGCUGAUGAAGGAGAAGCAGAGCGUGGAGGCGGAGCUUCAGCGCUGCCAGGAGGCAGAGAGAGAGGCCACCGAGCAAGUGCGCAGAUUGGAGCGUCUGGUCGAGGUGCUGAGGAAGAAAGUCGGAACAGGAAGUGUCCGCGCUGUCAUCUGAGCGGCCUGAUGUCCUGAUCGGUGAAGACAGCAGCAGCUCGGUGACCAUGAUGAUGAGUUUCCUUUUCAUCUUCUUAGCUUCGGCUCUAAAACCCAGAGAAGCUUCAAACUUUCCGGAAUCAUGAAAGAAAUUUUUCUCUCAAUCAAACAUUUUUGUUGUUCGGACGUUUUAAAAUCAAUCAAAUGUUUUUUGUUGUUUAAUAAAACGGUGAUGGCAUAA